GAAAGUAUGGACGCUCUGGCUGAUCCCAUGUCUUGUCACAAAGUGGAUGCGCCUCGACCAAGGAUGUUCAACAAAAUAGCUUUAGAGAGAGAACUGAAGAAGAGAAACAAGAAUAUUUCUACAAAUUAUCCAGACAGCGGGAUAGGAAUGUCCUCCGAUAAUGUACCUUCGUCGCGUUCUGAAGGAGGUUCAUCGUCAACCAAGAAAG